GGGGUUACCUUGGGGCUGAUUGCUUCUCGGAGUGCUUCCGUCCGAUUGCCGCCGUCGGUGGACGUGUCGCUCUCGCACAGACGACUGUACUUUUGACUCCGAAAUUGAAAAGUCAUUCCAGCGCCGGAUGACUUGGUCCUUGGAGAAAGGACCCCCCUCGCCGUGUUUGGUGCGGGAGAGUAUGAUUUUGAUUACCCCGCUACCAUCGCGCCGGAUACCUAGUGUUCGAAUGCCUCCGCCCUGCCCGGUUUGCGUCACAGGUCGCAAGAAGCCUAAGCUAGGGAUGGCAGGCAUGUGUUCUUGGAAGUUGCAGUGCAUAUGUCGCGAACUAAACUUAUCGGACGAGAAAUGUUUCGAAGUGGGAACGACAACGUGGUCGAACAGGCACGAGGGACCCAUCAACAACUCCCUCCCCUCUCGACCCUUUGCCUCUCACUGCAUUUCGCGUCCGAAUUCUCCCUCCUCUAAAAGCUUUCCUGCGUCCAGCACUCGUACGGGAUCAUCCUUCUCGGGGGCACAUGUCCACAAUUAUCUGUGGAAUUGUGCAUCGUUUCGAUGGAAACUCAAGGAGCGGAGAACUUCCCUGCAGCCGAACGUAGAGGACCCGCGCUAAUCCCGAAGGAGCUUAAUUAGUGAGCGAGUGUCAGCGACGGAGCCGGCUGUAGUGGCGACUAAAAGCCCUGCGUUGGGCAGGAUUACCGGCCUUUUUUGACUCAUGUCGGGCCAUGGUAAUUGGUACCCCUUCGACCUCCUCGUCGUCAGGGCAGCAAUCAAGCGCAAUCCCCUACCGCCACGGUCCCGACAAUGGUGGGUAGAACAUGAUUGUAUUUAGGCUACAAGCGUUUGGGAAGGACGGAUGACCACAACGUCUAUACGCCCGU